AUGGCCUCGCCCGGCCCCUCUGCGUCCGCUGCCGACGACGGCGACCGCCUAAAAAAAGCGCACGAUGAACUCAGAAUUGUCGACGCGGAGACUCGCAGCCUGCUGCGCGAGCUAAAUUGCCUGAUGACCGUCAAGACGUUGUUGUUUCCCGCUGAACACAACGGACCCGGCCAAGCUGGAUCAACUUAUUGGCGCGCGUGGUACCAGCGCAAAGGGUUCGGGGACCAACCACCGCUUGAGUCGGAAUGGUGGAAACGCGCGGGCGGUAGAGGUCUCCUCAACUCUGCGGAAAACUUGCAACGUGAGAUUGAGCACGUCGAAAUCCAGGGGGCGGCAUUGGUGGCACAUCGGGACGCUGUUUGGCGCGCCGUCAACGCAUUGUCACGUCCGUUUUUGAGAAGCCUCAGCAUCAUGAACUUGCCUGAAGAGACUCUCGUCGGCAUCCUCGAACUGGUUGAAGGCUUUGAUCCGGAUUUGCCUGUUAGCUACGGCAUGUCUGGGGGCAGAAGGGACAUUCAAAACGUGCGCUUAGUCUGUCGGCGCUUCUGCGAACUGGGCUCCCAGCUGCUGGUCCGCCGCGUGCGCAUCAGCCCCAACGAGGCAUCCCUUGCGCGCCUGCGCGCGGUCUCUCGCCAUCCCACCAUUUCUAGGGGCGUUCGAGCCUUCCGAGUUGGCCUUCAUUUCGAGACGUCCGCACUCGGCGACCUUGGCACAUUCUUCUCUCACCUCCACACAGAAGCUCAAGACGAAACCGACAGUCACGAUCAGUUGUGGGAUAUAACACAAAUCCCCGAGGAGACAGAGACACAGAUAUCAGUAGACGUAGCGGCGGUCUUGUCCAAGAUACGCGGGCAUGCGUCAGCAGAUACGGAAAGCGACGACGACGUCCCUGCCCUAGACAAUGAGAAUUGCCGUGCGAGCCUAGACCAGGCGCAUCGAAAGUAUCGAGCUCUCUUGAAAAAUCAGGCAUCACUGAUCGACACUGGAGAGUUCGUCCGACUCUUUGGCUCUGCAGCUGCAAGGCUGACGAGCGUGUGGAAGCUGGACGUUGCAGACCAUAAUCCUGUUACGGAGAGGCAUCGCAUGAUAUCUGGAGCCGGCAUGAGGACUCUGAUCUGUCGGUCCAUGCUCCAAGUAGCCGCAGACACUGAUGCGGAACAAUACAGACUAGGGUUGUCCAACUUCGAAUGCACCAUCCAGCUCAUCAGGGCGGUCGGAAAAACCGGCACAGUCCUCGACAGUCUCGAUAUUAACCUACGGACUCUGGGAAGCCCAGGUGGCAUGGCAGCAGCCCCAGACGCUUGGCGAGAGCUGUCAUCUGCCACGCGGCGGUUGACAGCCUUUUCAUUCAAAGCUGGCAUGUCGGCGGACGCGCCAGAGGCGGGGGGUCUUCAUGAUUUUCUCUCUGCUUGCUUGGAGACGGCCAGCCUCCAGAAGCUCAAACUAGACAUGGGUUCCCCGAGGCCGCCAGGGGAAAGCGUCGACCUGGGAAAAGUUCUGUGUGCCCGGCCCAGACCUCACCUGAUGGACAUGACGCUCAGCUGUGUCGCUGUGAAUCUUUCAGACUUGAAACAGCUGCCGCAGCCGAUGAAGAGCAUCCAUCUGACACAGGUCCACCUGCUUACUGACACGUGGAAAGCAGCCCUGGAUGUGUUCAGGGAUAAGACGUGUGCUUUGAUGAUACUUCGAGAGCCGCGUGGCGCUGAACGCGAUACCAUGGCGGGGGGGGGGGGACUAUCAAAGGAUAUUUGGUGCCGCAGCUGGCCAGUUCAGCGAGUGCGAGUUUUGGAUCUUGGGCCAGGGCACAGACAGCCGCAAUCCCCUGCAAGUACAUGA